UACGUCGUGCGCCCCGUAGUCGGCGGUCGGCUGGGUGGUAGAGAUGGUGGUGGGACUGUUGCGCUGCAUUUUCGGACCGAAGCUGCGCCGAGUUCACCGUGGCGCUGACGGCUCGGGGGGAUUCUACUAUCAACCGAAGAUCCUGGAGAGGCAUUCCGACAGCAUCCUGGGAUGGGCAUACGUCCUCUGGUCCGUCUCCUACUACACGUCCCCUUUGUUGCUGCUGUACUGCUACAGAAAAGGUUAUAUUGUUAUGUCUAAGAUCAUUCCAGCUACUCCAUAUGCAAGUGCUUUCCUGCUGUUUCUCACGGGUGUGGCCUGUCUUCGAGGUAUGGGCCGAUGGACCAACCCUGAGUACGUGCAGUUCAUCACCAUUCUGGCCGAAACUAAGAGAAACAACACAGAGGAGAACAAGAGGAAGUUGGCCUCCUACAGCUUCGACUUUGAUCACUGGCCGGUCGACUUCUCCUGGAGUGAUGUGAUGACUCAGAAGGGUGGGAACGUGAGGAAGGGCGGCGUUCCCCUCCUGAAGCCAGAACACAAGUACCGAGGAACGAUGGACAGCAUGAUUGAUAAUGUCCUGGGCCUCCCCUGCCAGAUCAUCAGCUACUUGAUUGCUAAAUCGUUUGGCCGCCGGAUGCUGUACCCUGGCUCGGUGUCGCUGCUGCAGAAAGCCAUCAUGCCCAUGUUACUGCAGGGACAGGCUCGACUGAUAGAAGAGCACCAGGGUAAGCGAGCCAAGCUGAUCUCCUGCGACGGGAACCAGAUCGACACCGUGUUUUUGGACCGGAGGGCAACAGGCACAGAGAACGGGAAGAAGCUGGUGAUCUGCUGUGAGGGGAACGCAGGUUUCUAUGAAGUCGGGUGUGUCAGCACUCCACUAGAAGCUGGCUAUUCAGUCCUCGGAUGGAAUCACCCCGGGUUUGCGGGCAGCACGGGCGUGCCUUUCCCCCAGAACGAGGCCAACGCCAUGGAUGUGGUGAUACAAUAUGCAACCCAUCGCCUGAACUUCCGCGUCGAGGACAUCAUCAUGUACGCCUGGUCGAUUGGUGGAUUCACAGCGACCUGGGCCACGAUGAACUACCCGGAGAUCCAUGCCCUCAUCCUGGAUGCUUCCUUCGACGACCUUGUCCCCCUUGCCCUGAAGGUCAUGCCAGAGAGCUGCCGAGGUCUCGUGACUCGAACAGUUCGCGAUUACUUGAACCUCAACAACGCAGAUCAACUGUGCAAAUACCAGGGUCCAGUGGUGCUGAUCCGACGUACCAAGGAUGAAAUCAUCACCACGAUUCCAGAUGAUGUCAUGUCCAAUCGAGGCAACAAUCUCCUGUUGAGGCUCCUCCAUUUCAGGUAUCCCAAGGUGAUGGGAGAGGAGGGAGUUCAGGUGGUGCGAGAGUGGCUGAGUGCUACAAAUACCCUCCAAGAGACUGCUCUCUACAGUCGGUAUGAGUUAGACGACGACUGGUGCACGUCGGUUUUACAGUCCUACAGAUCAGAGCAUGGCGAUGCAUUCCCCUGGACCGUUGGGGAUGACAUGACUUCAGAAGGAAGAAGGCAGCUGGCGAUAUUUCUGGCGCACAAGUACAUGAGGAAUUUUGACGCCACGCACUGCACCCCAUUACCAGCCUCUGAGUUCACAUUGCCCUGGUCUUUGUAGCCGGAGAUCGGCAACGGGCAACAGGCAAGUCUGAGGAGAUCCCAAGGGAGCUGUGCAGACGAGGAGACUUGUGGGAUCCCCCUUGCCUGCUCGCUCCACCCCCCCCCAGGAUGAAGAGAGAUUGGUCGUUCCGUUGUCAGAGAGCUGUCGACCACUGGCGAGGGUGCAGUCUGUCCGUCUCCUCUCGAUUCCUCCUUGUUCCCACUGCGGAUGGGAGGAGACCUCCUGGUUCUCACUCGACGGCCUAGACUCAGCUGCGCAUUGCUCAAGUCACCCGGAAUGUGAUCUGAGGAGUUCUCUCCCACCCCCCCCACCACUGCCUCCACUCCCUUCCACUCCCUUUGUUGUCCUGUCUGUCUCUCUCUUCCCCUCCCCUCCUCCUGGUUUCCUUGUGCCUCUAGCCCAGCAGUAACCGCAGAGAAUGUGCUAAUGGUGGGGUGGGGCUAUGUGAUCAGGCGUCAUCCACUGCCAAUUUCUUCCGAGCACCUCUCUUUCCUCCUUCCCCCACAUCACUUCACACUCGCACUCGCGCGUGCGCACACACACACACUCACACUCUUCUGCCUGGAAACACUCAGCCGGUUGGUCGUUGUCUGUGGGAGAGAAACAAGGCCAUCAGGUUCUGUCUUUAUCGAUACUCCCUGAUCAGUUGUGCCUAUUCCAGCACUCUAUUUCAGAUUCCCAGCAUCUGUAGUGUUUUUGGGGUUUUAAUUUGGAAUGGGGGCACCGCCUUUUGCUGCCUGCCCAGUAACCCCUCUUCCCACCCCCCUGCAAGCAAGACCUGCCCUUCUCUGGCCCCAUGCUUCCCGCUGCCUCUUAGAGAUAGACUCUUUGCCCAUGGCCCAGAUGCUGCUGAUGUGGUCUCUGUGCAUUAGGAAAGUCCUGAGCUAACUAAAAGUCCAUCCUUCCUCUUCACAGCCCUGCACCCGUCCCAGUUCAAAAGAAACCUGGAAGAGAUAGGUUGGGAAGGGGUGUUGGUUGUCUGAUCACUCCCGUCCCGGUCCGAUUCCCCAACGAUCACUUUGUAUCGACUGCUCCACCAUUAGGGCUGCGGGAAGCGGCUUUCCAGCACUGUAGGGUUUUCCCACACCUCCGCGCUAGAGCUCUCCCACUGUUCCUUGUCGGAGUCAAACACAGUUGUUUCAGGAGCCCCCAUAUUGGUGCAGAGUUGCCCAGAGACAGGGCCUUGGUUUGUCCCUCUCAGCUGGGCAAUGUUCAUGGGGAAUAGAAAGUGUUUGCACCCCUGGGCAGGAGGGGAACUUGUUAUUCCUGGUGGGGAGAAGGAUUCUCCACACAUCCACUACACGCUUCAAUGGAUCGGAAACUCAUUCCCCCUCGUAUACUGCUGUGGAUCCUUGGUGCAGUGAGGUCUGUCCCCUCUCGUGUCCCACCUCCCAGGCAUCAGGAUGGGAUGGGGGGGUGGUUCUCCUUGCCUAUCACCUCCCUCGUUCCACUCCUCCUGCCCCCAGUUACCAGUUGGGAAUGAGGGCUGUUUGGGAUCCAAAGCCAAUCAUCUACCAAAUCUUCCACCUUCUCCCAAUGUUUUUUUUAUCUCUGCGGAAGUUUCCUGGAGAUUCCAAGGCAAAUCCUGGAGGAGUGGGGAUUCUCCCACCAGGGGAUGUUUACAAUCAUUGCACUUAGAACCUAUUAACAGUCUUAGCUCUGUGGGCCAGGAGGUGGGGGUGAGGGUCUUCUCCUAUCUCUGGUCCAGAAACCUCCCCUUCCUGAUUUAGGGCAGGCAUCGUGGUUCCCCAGACACCUUGCAUUCUCUUGUCCCACCGGGAAAGAGGGGUGACAGUGACCUCCUUCCUGUCCCCACCCUGCAUAUCCAAGCAAUCCAAGCAUGUACUUCCGUCUGGAUGUCUAGACGUUUACUCACCUCCUCAGGAUGGGACCGGUAGAGAGGACCCUUGAUCUGCCUCCCGCCAGUUCAAGAGCCCUCUUGGGAUCUUCCCUUGUUGCUGUCACAUGACGAGCCACUGUCGGGACGCGGGGCCUCUCAGUGACCGUUGCUGGUGGUGGAACUGUUCAGAGACAGUGGGCCGGCUUUCCCACCUCUCUGGUGAUGAGCACGUUUGCAUGUCAAGUGUUGACUGGACAAGGCUGGGGCAGGGAGUGGUGGCGUUCCAGUCCAUGGCACUGGUCCAGAGUCUCACAGGGUCGGGUUCGGGACUUAACGACCCCAGCCUGCAAGUCCUGCUCAGUGCAGAACAGCGUUCUGAUGCUGACAACAGUCCGGAAACAGCCGAGACUGGAGAGCGGCUGUCAGCCCUGCUCACUGUGUGAGCCUGCUCGAUGCCCCCAUCUGCCUACUCCGAGCGGAGGAGGGGGUGAGGGGAACGGGGCUGUAGGGAGAGAUGAGGCACAUUCCCACCAGCCAGAAGCUGCCCGUAGCCCUGCAACGGGCGGCAAAUCCGUCCCGGAUGCUCCCACGGGGUAUCCGUAAAUCGGGUGUUAACCCGAGGAGUGCCUGUAUUAGAAAUAUAAUUAGACUAUCCUCCUGCUCAGUGCCGCUCUGUCAGAUAAUGGCUGAGGUAACCUUUAAUUGCACUUCUCUGCCUUGUUCCUGUAACCCUUGAAUUCGGGUCCACCUCUCUGGCUUUCUUUCGGGGAGAGGAGCCCAGGGGCUGAGCGUGAUCUUCAGUCAGCUUCUCAAUGCCCUCUGCCACUUGGUCAUAUAUAUGCCCUCUGAUUGAUUUUUCGAGAGGUGGGUGUGUUUGGCAUUGGGUGCCCUUGAGAAUCUGGGCGUACGUCCCUUCGUCGAGGAGCUGCCGUCCUUCAGUUGGGGGUCCCCCCGUAGAGCUAUUGGUCAUGACUCGGGAGCGGAGAAAUGUCCCCAAGCCCGCGAGGGAGGUGUGAUUUACAAAGCGAGCAGCAGGUGGUGCUGUUUCCAAAUCGUGACGCCGCGGGUAGGAGCGCUGCCUGUCACCGGUUCGAUUCUGGGCGCCUCUGCUGUCUGGGUGUGGAGUUGGCAUCUUUCCUUUCUGACCGCGGAGAUCCCCGCCACUCCUGAUAAUGUGUUAAUUGCAACUCAGCAUCUAUGGAAGGGACUUUCAGGCCGACUUUAGACCCUUCAUCAGGACUAGAAGGUGUGUGGAGGAGAUUGAGUACAAGCUGGCAGGUGCUAGGUGAGGGGAAGUGGGUGGAGGAGGGCAAUGAGGAGGAGACAGGUGGAAGAAGUAACGGACUGCAGAUAGGUGAGAACAGUAAACCAUGGCAGAAAGGGAAGGAAAGGGGGAGGUGGGGUUUCCAGCGUUUCGUGUGUUUUUCUCCGGAUUUCCAUCAUUUGCAGAAUCUUUAGAAGAUGAAUUAACCCCCGUGGGUAAAUGAGGUUAAUGGUUUAAUUGAGCACUAGAGCAAUUUAGUCCCGAUGAAAGGUCUCGGCCCGAAACGUUCACUCUGUUCAGCCUUUCCAUUGAUGCUGCCUGAGCGGCUGAGGCGCUCCAGCAUUUUGCGUGUGUCUGCUGCACUGGAGCAAUUUGACAGGAAUGUGGGGAGAACCACCGGGGAUCUGUAACCCACAGGGCUUCCUCAGGCUGCAGUUUGGGAACGCGCUUCUGAAUCUGCGCCCCAACUCCGGUAAACUGUUAGGGCGCGCAUGUCCACCCCAGGUUACGGCAGGUCCCCGUGAACCGGACAGCUCGCCGUCAGCAGCGCAGCCGCGAACCGGCGGAUGUGCCCGCGGCCCUGUCAACCUCCCAAAAUCGCUGCCCCUGCAUUCCUGAACACACCCAUGUCAUCAUUUCAGAUGCACAGCCUGGGCACUCCCCCGAGUAGUUUUCGUUCUGACUGCUUUGUGACCCUACGGCUUUGCCGUAAUAUCUACCGCUUUCUGUGGGGUAGUAGUCCGUCUUUUGAAGGGCUCGUCUGCGAAUUGCAAUAGGUACAUUUAAUGCCAGGGAAAUGUAUAUAAUAUACAUUCUGAAAUUCUUUUUCUUCGCAAACAUUUGCAAAGAAUUUAAGGAUAUUCUUGACCCUCCUCUCAUCAAAUGUACUUUUUUUUAUAUAAAAAUGGUCCGGGUGAUUUUGUUAUCAAUACUGUAAAUUAUGCUAUUUAAUUUUUUUGGAGCUGCUCUCUGCGUGAUUGUCUCUGCAUGUUGGGGCGAGGGGGGAGUGUACAUUCUGGGAUUGUUUUAUAUCAAGUUCACAGUCUGUUUCGUCUCCUGGCAACGCUGAGGAGAAAUAACGUGCAAGGUCGUUUCCUGUUCCCGUCCGACCGAGUGUGUGUUAAAGAGCGCCGCCGGACUCACCGUGUCGUUCUAGUGUUUGAGCUGGGGGAGGGAAGAAAAUAAAAAGUAAUCAUAAUUAAAGAUAUUUACUUGUUCCUUCCACGUACGGCAAAGAUCACAAUGAUUAAAAAUGGUGGUUUAGUGUGUGUGUGUUUGAAUGAUGUCCAUUGUCACGAUUAUUCGUCAUCCUUUUACUUUUCCCACCCAAACUCAUGA